AUGCAUGGGUGUUUUAAAUGGAAGGAUAGGAACUUCGCCAUGAUGCUACUCCCAAUACGGAAUGCAUUUGUAAUGGUUAUUAGCGAGUCUGCACAGGUGCUGGAUGUCCUCGGCGACGGUGUGUCUCUCAUCUCGAGUUACCGUACACGCACCCACCUGCGAGCUGCGAGCACCACCAACACUUGCGUCAUUUACAAGUUACAACUU